UAAUAAGCAAAAAAAAAGAAAAAAACAACAACAACACACACAACGAUUCAACUAAAUCUAUAAAAGAGGAAUAUAAUCUUAUUGAAGCCGAUCUCUCGAAAUACCACCAGCGGGUGCUUAGCGUUUCGUCGUCACCACCUCCUUCUCCUCCCCUUGGCAACGUAUCUCCCGGUGGCGCAUAUUACAGACUUUUUUCAACUUGAAAACUAAAUUUAAAUAACUAUUUUUUCUCUUUCCCUCUCUCUCUCUCUCUUUCCCCUCUUGCAUAUUCUUUCUUGGACACGAUGCCAGACAACGCAAGUUCUGAAAAGGAGAAACAUAUGAAGCAGUUAAAAAGGAAAAUGGAAUGUUGGCGUGAAGUUGUUCUCCCAUUAAACUCUAUUUUGUUGUGGGAGAGACCGUGGUAUCCUGCAUUGAUUCUUGGCCUUACUACAACUGUAUUUUGUAUGAUUUGGAUGUUGGAACCAGCAUUGCUCACGUUAAUAUCUCUUUCCUUGCUGGUCUUAGCACUUGUCGAUUACUUUGUUCCAACUAUUAUUUCGAUUUUUUGUACGGCUGAUAGUUGGACAGGACAAAAAGAAAAGAAAUUAAAUGAAAUAUGUCAUAAUCUUUCUGAGGCGAUACUUCAGUUGCAAAGUUUAUGGACAUCCGUGGUUACUAUGCGCAACAGCCGUCCUAACUUUUAUUAUGGAACGAUUAUGAUCUUUUUGGUGCUAUUUGCGUGGCUUGGAAAUACAAUCAAUAAUCUUCUUUUAUCUUAUAUAGCGGUUAACGCUAUUCUACUUACACCGGGAUUCAAAUACAAGGGAAGAGCGCGAUCCGCUGUGAAAUACAUUCACAAUUAUUUAACUCAAGAAAAAUUGUCAUAAAACAUUGCUCUCCGUGUAUGUAUUAUUUAUUUUUUGUCUUCAUCAUUCUCUUUACACGCCUCGUUUUGAUGCAAUUAAAUUAGUGUUAUUUAUGAUGUAUAUGCUAUAUAAUGCUACAUCUCAAUGGUUCGUAUACAUUUAAAUAAUGUGUAUUACUUUUUAAAGGAGAAAUCAAAACUUUCUGCUUUAUAAAAUAUUAUAUAAUAAUGGACCCUCUCCAUUUAUUCAUGACAAUUAAUGUUCAAUGACUGAGAUUAAUCUAAGUGGAAAGUAUUCAUCUAUAUAUGAAUUUUAUAUUAUUUUAUCUUAUUUUAUUUUAUUUCUUCUUAUUUUUUUCCUAGUUUUAACCCUUCAAGAGUACACACUUGGUAAAAGUUAGUUAAAGUGCACUGUGGGUGGGUGGGUGUUUGACACCCGUCUCCUGAAGCCGCUAUUUAAUAUUCAUUUUAGACCUCGCAAUUUUUUUCAAACUAGUUUGAUACAUCUUUUUUAAAAGAUAGAAUAGUUAUAGUUAGUGAUCUGAAUUAACACUAGAUGGCACUAGACAAAUAACCCAUUUUUUUGAAUUCAGUACCGUUUUUGAGAGAUCCAAAAUUUGUUGGGGUGUCAAACGCCCCAUGUGCACUUUAAAGGUUAAUACAAUAUUCUAUUGCUAUCUGUUUAAAACACUCUUUGUCUUAAAUAACAUAUGUAGAUGAAUAUUUAUAUUAUAAUUAUUAUUAUUGUAUGUUUUUUUUUUUUUUUUAAUGCU